UGCGUCGGUAAGCUGUCUCACACCGACAAGCGAGGCACGUGACGCCCCGUUGGACCCACGUGAUUCGAUAUGAUGAACGCUGCAAGAGCAUCAAUCAACACGUUCCUAUCCUCACGGGCGCGCGCACGUUGAACAGCCCUCGAGAUUUGGAUCGUGCCUCUCAAAUCUUGGAGUCGGCUAUGGAAGACCGACGGCGGGGAAACUUCCAUGGUAACCGCCCACGACCUGACCUGCAGAGCCCGGAGCAGCUUAGCAACAGACGUGACGGCCUCGACUCGCAGGCCGAUCAUUCGGAGCAGUGGAUGAACGAUUACUAUGACCGUCGAGCCACCAGAACUCAUGGUCCGAACGGUGGGUUACGUCUUUUAUUCCCUCGGAAAGUCAGGUUUAUCAUUGCGUUAGAGUUUCAUCUGCAUAUCUCCCCUACUGUCUACCAUUUUGCACAGCAGCUCCCAUUACACCCACCAGCCGUGGCCGCUAGCCUCCCAUCUAAUUCACUCCUUUUGCACUCUAUUGAAACAAGCGAGAGAGCGCUCGGGUGUGUCGUUUGUCGUCGAAUGAGGCAGACAAGGGUCGUUUCUCCUCGGCAGGGGUCUCAUUUCGGUCGCGGUUUGAUGAGAAGUCUUCCUGACACCUUCGCUGCAGCCCAAAAGACAAGGGCUUCAAUUGCUCCCACUCACUCACGAAAUUGCGUGCGUUUCUAGACAUUCAAGAAGCAAGCCGCCGGUAGCGCUUGAGUGGUUCGGGAGUUCAUACACAAAUAAGAUUUUGAUUGAGCACCGGGGCCAACCGCCGACCCGCCCUGGUUCAUGCGGCCUUAGCCGUA